CUGCAAAUAGAAAUCAGCAUGGCACCUGUAUGUCUGAAGGACUGUAAGGCCUGGCAGGAUGCCGGAAUGACCCUUUCCACUACUAGCAAUGAAGCUUGUAAACUUUUUGACGCCACCUUAUAUCAGUAUGUGACAUGGACAAAUGACAAAACAAUGGGAGGAAUUGAAGGAUGUCUGAAGAAAAUUAGAGCAGCCGAUCCAAAUUUUGUGAUGGGACAUGUGAUCUCUAAUGGUCUGGAGCUGAUCGGCACCGGUCGUUCACCAAUAAUUGAUCAGGAAUUUGAGAAGGACUUGAAAGUAAUGUCAGAUUUGGCCAAGACUCAGCCCCUGACCGAAAGGGAAAAGAUGCACGUUGCCGCACUUGAGACUUUUGCCAAAGGAAACAUUCCAAUGGCAGCGGACAUGUGGGACCAGAUCUUACAGGACCACCCCUUGGACUUGCUGGCUAUAAAACUCGCCCACGAUUCCUAUUUCUACCUUGGACAACAAACUCAGAUGAGAGAUUCAAUCUCCCGUAUUCUUCCAUAUUGGACACCAAGUACUCCUUUAAGUAGUUAUGUUAAAGGCAUGUACUCCUUUGGGCUUCUUGAAACAAACUUCUAUGAUCAAGCCCUGAAAGUGGCCAGCGAGGCUCUGGCUGUAGACCAGAAGGAUUGUUGGUCAGUGCACACCAUUGCUCAUGUACAUGAGAUGAAGGCAGAUAUAGAGCAAGGCUUGUCCUUCAUGAAACAAACUGAGAACAACUGGAAGGGAAGUGACAUGCUUGCCUGUCAUGUCUACUGGCACUGGGCCUUAUAUUACAUUGAAAAGGGGGAAUAUGAAGCUGCCAUGACGCUUUACGAUAAAUAUAUUGCACCCAUAUGUUUUUCAAGUGGAAGCAUUCUGGAUAUCGUAGACAAUUCAUCUCUGCUCCAUCGGCUUCAGAUGGAAGGAGUGGAUGUUGGAAAACGAUGGGACAAACUUGUCCAAGUCACCAAGAAACAUACCAAUGAACACAUCCUGAUAUUCAACGACCUUCACUUCUUAAUGUCUUCCUUGGGCUCCAAAGAUCACGAGAUGACAACUCGGCUCCUCCAAAGUUUGAAGGAACUUUCUAAAUCUCCAGGUGAAAACUACCAGCAGUCCAUGAUCAAGGAACUUGGCCUCCCACUUAGCCAGGCCCUUGUAGAGUUUGACAGUGGUAACUAUGACAAGGUGGUGGCGCUGAUGUACCCCAUUCGGUACAAGAUACUCAAUAUAGGAGGAAGUAAUGCCCAGAGAGAUAUCUUCAACCAAGUACUUAUUCGGGCUGCGAUGAACAGUAACACAAAAGCUCAUAACAAUUUAGCCAGAAGCCUUGUAAUCGAAAGAGACGUUUUGAAACCAAACUCCCCACUGACUGAGAGACUUAUGAGGAAGGCUUCCGCUGUACACACCCUGAUCUAGAUCUUACUAGUCGAAAGUCCUUAUAUAUCCGCGAUAAUCAGGACUGUUAACUGUCAAUAAGGAUCGCAGCCCAAAAUCAGACCUUGCUAUCCUGUAGGUGCACCAACACCCCCUAACCCAACCAUAAAAUUCACCUAGCGGAAAUGGAAAAACAUUGAGUGUGUCUGAUUUAGGACCACAAUUGGUGGCAUUUGUCUACAAAGC